CGCGCAGAGCUUUGCGUGCGCCAGAGCGAGCACGCGCUGACGUCACGAGGGCUGGGGCGAGCCGCUUGUGCCGGAAGGGAAAGAUGGCGGAUCCUGAGGAGCAUAUAUCCGACGAAGAGAAGGUGCGCAUAGCUGCAAACUUCGUCAUCCACGCCCCUCCGGGAGAAUUCAAUGAAGUUUUCAAUGAUGUGCGACUGCUGCUUAAUAAUGACAAUCUGCUCAGGGAAGGCGCAGCACAUGCAUUUGCACAGUAUAACCUGGAUCAGUUUACGCCGGUGAAAAUCGAAGGCUUUGAUGAGCAGGUCUUAAUCACAGAGCAUGGUGACCUGGGCAACGGCCGCGUUCUGGACCCCAAGAACAAGAUCUCCUUCAAGUUUGACCACCUGAGGAAAGAGGCAAGUGACCCGCGACCCCAUGACGCAGACAGCGGCAUGGAAAGCUGGAGGAGCGCCGUGGACACUGCCGUUCGAGCGUACGUCAAGGAGCACUAUCCCUACGGCGUCUGCGCGAUUUAUGGGAAGACUAUCGAUGGACAUCAAACCAUCAUCGUGUGCAUAGAGUGCCAUCAGUUUCAACCAAAAAACUUCUGGAAUGGACGCUGGAGGUCAGAAUGGAAGUUCACUAUCACCCCAUCCUCUACUCAAGUUGUGGGGAUCAUGAAGAUCCAGGUUCACUACUAUGAAGAUGGCAAUGUGCAGUUGGUGAGCCACAAGGAAGUUCAGGAGGCCAUGAAUCUUUCGAAUGAGGCUCAGACUGCAAAGGAAUUCAUCAAGAUCAUGGAAGCAGCAGAGAAUGACUACCAGACUGCCAUUAACGAGAAUUACCAGACCAUGUCGGACACAACCUUCAAAGCCCUGCGCCGGCAGCUUCCUGUGACGCGCACCAAGAUCGACUGGAACAAGAUUCUGAGCUACAAGAUCGGCAAAGAGAUGCAGAAUGCUUAGGAGCAGCGUUGCUCUGUGACAUCCAUCAAUAAAAGCUGUGGUCUCACACAAAACAAUUAUUACACAACAAAAGCUACUUUCUUUUAUGAAAUGAAUUUGCCGCUCCUCCAGUCACAUCAUAUUGCACAGGAAAUAAUGCUUUUUUUUUUUCUUUUUGUGUGUUCAUUCGGGAAACUUUAUGUGCAUCAUACCUUGAGGCAUAAGUCCUGUGGGGGUGAGACCACACCUUUUAUUAAUCAAUCAUGAGAACUUCUAAGCCCAGAGAAAUAAAGAUUAUUUUAACAAAUUUGCGUCUUGUGUAGUGUAGGGUUAAGGCGACGUGCGUACCCUGCCACUCCUCUCUCCGCACCUGCACACUCGCACCCUUCCUGUUCCUCUGCCCUGUGGCAUUAGUGAAGCGCACCCGUGACCUCCCAGUCCUGGCACAGCACAGGUUGGCACUGUGACGUGGCACAUGAUCAUGCUAGCAACCUUGGGGAAUAAACGUCAGGGCCAAGCUUGGUAAUUAAACAAAUAAAUGGUCAAUAAAAGCCAGAGCUUUUCGAUGUGCAGAUGUUCAACAAUUUAAAGCAAGAGUUGUAUUACAGAACCAUAAGUUUUUGUUUUUGAAACCAACAUUACUGUAUUAAAAAGGCACACUGUAAUAUAUGACAUGUAUGAAAGUUCUCUGACGCUUUGGUUUCCUCCAACUUGAACUGUAAUACAAUCGCAGUUACGUUGCAUUAAAUGACAGAUUUUCUA